AUGCGAGGAUUUCGGUCGUCGUCGCGGCUGAGACGGGAAGGCGACGAUGUAUAUAUUGUGUCUGCUGCUCGGACAGCUGUGGGGAAAUAUCAAGGUGCUUUCAAAGAAACGUCAGCCGGAGACCUCGGUGUCGCAGCGAUCAAAGCCGCAGUAUACAAAUCUGGUCUUCGCGAUCUGUCCGAGGUCCCAGAAAUCUAUUUCGGCAAAGCUUUCCAGAAAACGAACGAAAUGUUAGGUAAAGAAGUUGUGCUUGGUGCUGGAUUUCCGAGCUCGACAGACGUGACUACAAUAAAUAAGCAGAGCGCAUCAGGUAUGAAAGCUGUGAUACUUGCUGCGCGGAAUAUUCAGUCUGGUGCGGCGAACGUGAUGGUUGCAGCCGGAAUGGAGAGUACAAGUCGGUCACUCUCAUCUUUGGACGAUAGCUCGGAUGGGGUUUGGGGGAUGAACUUUAUUGCCGAAGAAACAGCCAAGAAACAUGAGAUUUCCCAAAGCAAGCUGAGCAGCUACGAGACCGAAUCUUAUAGGCGAGCAAAAUCAGCACUAGAAUCCGGACUUUUCAAGUUUGAGAUUGCUCCUGUGGCAAUCACGACAAGCAGCUCCGAAGCAAAGAUCAUGAUUGAGAGAGACGAGCUGAUUCAUGAGCAGGCUGAACAGGCAAAGAGCUUGAAUUCGAGUGGAGAUGGCGCGGCAGCCGUUGUUCUUGUAGCAGAAUCGCGACUUGAUGACGAGGCAGACGACCUCAUCCGGCCUUUGGGCAGGAUUGUGUCGUACGCUGAGGUCGCGACUAGUGUUGCAGAUGCAUUGAUUGCGCCUUCGCUUUGUAUACCUACUGCUCUGAGGAAGGCGGGACGCAGUAUUACCGAUAUUACAAAGUUCGAGAUAAGUGGAUCCUCAGCGGUCGUACCGCUCGUAAACAGUAAGCUGCUUGGUCUGGAUUUGGCUAUGGUUAAUGCAAAAGGAGGAGAUCUUGCGAUGGGUCAUACUUUCGGGGCGAGCGGAUGCAGAAUGCUGGUAACGCUCUUGUACUCUUUGAAAGAAGGAGAGUACGGUGUCGCCUCGGUCUGCGAUGGCAGUGGAGGAGCAAGUGCGAUUGUGGUCCAGAGGAUGUAA